UAAAAAGGAUAUGUGUACUGUUUUUUUUUUGUUGUAUAUUUGAUUUUUCAAUGCAAAUGAAAAAAAAAAAUAAUUAAAUAUAAUUAAAUGUUAAUUAAAAUUAUAUCACGCGAUAAUUUUAUUUAAUUAUAACUAUUAAAUUAUUAAAAAAGGAAUUGAAGUUAAAAAAGAAAUUAAAUAGAAAAUAAAAAAAAAAAAAUAGAAGAAGAAAAAAGAAGCAAUCAGAAAAGGAAAAAAAGGAUAAAAAUUUGUACACACAUACCCACGCACGUACUAAAUAUAAAAUAUAUUUAAUGUGGAAAUGAUAGUGAAAUUCAGAAAAUGUAAUUGGGAAUUGAAUAAAUAUUUCGGACCAAACAAAUGUUUCAAAGGAAUUUUAUUAUAUCUAUUAAUGCAAUAAGGAAUUCGGUUGGAAAUUUGAAAUCGAUAUAUAAAAAAAUCUUUAUGCUCAAUUUUUUAAAUUUAGUAUAAAGAUCGAUGAUAAUGAGAAAAAAUCAAGUUAUUUACUUUACGUUAAUGUUUUUGGUUUCGGAAUGUCAUCAAACUUCCACACAAUUUAAUAUAGAAAAUCAACAAAACCUAGAAUCAGAACCGGAAUUUUUAGGAUCAAUUAAUAACGUUACGUAUCCUGCUGGUCGAGAAGCAAUUCUUGCAUGUUCCGUACGAAAUCUUGGAAAAUAUAAAGUUGGUUGGCUAAGGGCCUCAGAUCAAACUGUUCUAGCUUUGCAAGGUAGAGUUGUUACACAUAAUUCUCGUAUUAGUGUUGUUUUCGAGGAUAUGCAUACAUGGAAACUAAGAAUAAGUAAAUUAAGAGAAACUGAUAGAGGUUGCUAUAUGUGUCAAAUAAAUACAAGUCCUAUGAAGAAACAAGUUGGUUGUAUAGAUGUUCAAGUUCCCCCGGAUAUUGUAAAUGAGGAAUCUUCAGCUGAUUUAGCUGUACAAGAAGGUGAAGAUGCCACAUUAACAUGUAAAGCAACUGGAAAUCCAUUACCAAGAAUUACUUGGAGACGUGAAGACAACGAUGUUAUUUUAAUUAGGAAACCCGGAACCCGGGAAUUGAUGAAAGUCGAUUCUUAUAAUGGAUCAUCGUUAAGACUUUCAAGAUUAGAACGACGACAAAUGGGAGCAUAUUUAUGUAUUGCUUCAAAUGAUGUACCACCUGCUCAAUCUAAACGUGUAUCAUUAAGUGUUCAUUUUGCUCCUAUGGUACAUGCGGCCAGUCAAUUAUUGGGAGCACCACUCGGUUCAGAUGUUCAAUUAGAAUGUCAAGUUGAAGCAUCACCAGCACCAGUUUCAUAUUGGUUAAAAGGAGGUAGAAUAUCAACUGUUACUCAAUAUGGUGGUAUAGGAAAUACCGGUUUAGAACCAAGUCAGCCACGUCCUGAAAUGUUACUUGAUGGACCAAAGUAUGGAAUUUCCGAACAGAGAGAUGGAUAUAAAGGUGUGAUGUUAUUAGUUGUUAGAUCAUUUUCAGCUGCCGAUGUCGGAACUUAUCACUGUGUCAGCACAAAUUCACUUGGUCGAGCUGAAGGAACUUUAAGAUUAUAUGAAAUUAAACUACAUCCGGGUGCAUCCUCUUCUCAUGAUGAGCAUUCUAACAUUAUUGGUGGGCUAUCAGCAUCAAGAGGCAGAAGCAAUUUUAAUUCAUCGUCAACCAAAACCAAUUUCAACAAAUUUGAAUUGCUUUUGAUUUACAAUUCAAUUUUGCUGAUUUGUAAAUUACUAUUUUCAACAAGCUGAUAAUUGUAAAACUGUGAAAUAAAUUCAUUUAAGAAAUUAAAAAUAAAAUAUAAAAAAACAUCCAAAUGAAAAUAAAAUAAAGAAAAAAGUAAAUAAAUGAAAACUUAUCAUUAAAAUAUUUAAGUAUUAAAUUAAGAAGUACAUGCAAAGCUGAUCAAAUGGAAAAAAAAAAAAAUAACCUACAUUUAAAAAUUAUGCCCACUUAGUAGCAAACCAAAGGUAAAAAGGAAAUACAAAAAAAAAAAAAUGUUAAAAAAUGCUUGUAAUCUAUUAAGGUGAAAUAUGCAAUUUUUCAUUAAAAAGUUAUUAAGUAAGAUAUUAAAAAUAAAAAUAAAUUAAAUACGAAAUAUAAAUUAGUAAGAGUUUCAAUUUAAUUACUUCACUAGUUAUAAAUAAGGUGUUAAUCUUUCCUAUUGUGCUGCAAGUG